AUGGCGGAGCGCUACAUCCCCGAACAUCGUCGCACUCAGUACAAGGCCAGGAACCAGUUUCGGCCUGAUGAGCUUCGUCGUCGUCGUGAGGAACAACAGGUCGAGAUUCGAAAGCAGAAAAGAGAUGAGAACUUGGCCAAGCGUCGUGGUAUUCAGACCCGGGAUGGCGGAAUUGGUGUAGGAGGUGGCAUGGCCGCUGCUGAAAGCGACGACGAGGCCAGUGCUAUCGAAAGCGAGCUUAACGUGGAAUUGCCCGAGAUGGUCAAGGGUGUUUUCUCCGAGCAAAUCGAAUCGCAAAUCCAAGCUACGACCAAAUUCAGGAAGCUGCUCUCCAAGGAGCGCAACCCUCCCAUCGAGCGCGUCAUCGAGACCGGCGUUGUCAGCCGCUUCGUCGAGUUCCUCCGAUCCCCCCACACUCUGGUUCAGUUCGAAGCCGCCUGGGCUUUGACCAACAUUGCCUCCGGAUCUGCUCAACAGACUCAGGUGGUCAUCGAGGCUGGUGCUGUGCCGAUCUUCUGCGAGCUUUUGUCCAGCCCCGAGCCCGAUGUUCGUGAGCAAGCCGUCUGGGCUCUGGGUAACAUUGCUGGUGACAGCCCUCAAUGCCGUGACUUCGUGCUGAACGCCGGUGCCCUCCGUCCCCUUCUUAACCUGAUCAACGAUGGCCGGAAGCUGAGCAUGCUUCGCAAUGCCACGUGGACCCUGAGCAACUUCUGCCGUGGCAAGACGCCGCAGCCCGAUUGGAAUACGAUUGCUCCCGCUCUUCCUGUCCUCGCCAAACUUAUCUAUAUGCUUGACGAUGAAGUCUUGAUCGAUGCCUGCUGGGCUAUCUCGUACUUGUCUGAUGGCGCCAACGACAAGAUCCAGGCCGUCAUUGAGGCCGGUAUCCCUCGUCGAUUGGUGGAGCUUCUCAUGCAUGCCUCCACUUCGGUCCAGACCCCUGCUCUCCGAUCGGUUGGAAACAUCGUGACUGGUGACGAUGUUCAGACCCAAGUGAUCAUCAACUGUGGUUCUCUCCCGGCUCUCUUGUCUCUUCUGAGCUCUACCAAGGACGGCAUCCGGAAAGAGGCUUGCUGGACUAUCUCCAACGUUACCGCCGGUAACUCCAGCCAGAUCCAGGCCGUUGUUGACGCUGGCAUCAUCCCCCCUCUGAUCAACUUGCUUGCCAACGGUGACUUCAAGACUCGCAAGGAAGCUUGCUGGGCUAUCUCCAACGCUACUUCCGGUGGUCUGCAGAAGCCCGAGCAGAUCCGCUACCUUGUCUCGCAGGGAUGCAUCAAGCCUCUCUGUGACCUCCUUGCCUGCCCUGACAACAAGAUCAUCCAGGUCGCUCUGGAUGGUUUGGAGAACAUUCUCAAGGUUGGCGACAUGGACAAGGAGACCGCGCAGUCCGGCGACGCUCGCGUCAACCGUUACGCCCUGUUCAUCGAAGAGGCCGGUGGUAUGGAGAAGAUCCACGACUGCCAGAACAACGCCAACGAGGAGAUCUACAUGAAGGCCUACAACAUCAUUGAGAAGUACUUCUCGGACGAGGACGAGGCCGGUGGAGAUGUCGACGAGCUUGCUCCUCAGCAGACGCAGACCGGAUUCUCUCUGGGCACCAACCAGCAACAACCUGGUGGGUUCACCUUCGCCAACGGCGGUGACUCCAUGGAUAUGUAA